UCCUCUUCUCGGGACAUGAGAGAGAGAAAGAGAGAGAGAGAGAGUUUAGGAUAAAGACCGUCAGGCAAGAGAAGCCAUCAUAAAGGGACAUGACUGCUUGAUGUGCAGUGACAUUUGGAGUAUCGGCUUGCAGUCUUUUCCGAUUAACCCAGAGUCAGGCAUCGUCCUGGAAGAACAGUGCCCGCCGAUGGGGCCUGCGGAGGGGCAGUGCUGUGGGAGCUGCCCUUCUCUGCCCCCUAUCAUCAUACCAGGCAUGGGCAGCGUGGAGAUCUGCACCACCCAAGAGGACGACUGCUUGCCCACCGAUGGAGGGAUGGGAUACCCAGAAGCCCAAGCCAUGGAUGAGUUUCCAGCCCAGCAGAAAGGGGACAGACUGCCCUUUCAGAUCUUCCCAGACCCGGUGGAAGUGGUUUUGAGCACUGAAGGCACUCUGACCUGUUCUCCGCAGGGGAAGGAGCGCCUGCCGUCCAUUGUGGUGGAGCCCACAGAUGUGAGCGAGGUGGAGAGCGGAGAGCUGCGCUGGCCGCCAGAAGACAUGGACUUUGAUGAAGAUGAAGAUCUAUUCUUGGAGCAGUGCAUCCCACCAGCAAACAUCGCCGACUGGGGGGAAGACGAGGAGGAGAGCUCUGUUAUUGAAAACCACCAGCAGUCCGCUUCCCUGUUAGAUCUCAAAUCGGACGACUUCCGGGACGACACCCCGACUCUACCUCCAGAAAGUGCUUCAGCUCUGAACUGAUGCCCUCUCAACUUCUCAUCUUCGACCCUGCAUUGCCACAUGUGACUGUGGUGUCUGACUUUGGUCAAACAAUAUACCAUGAAACUGAAACAUUGCAUAUACUAGAAAAGAGUGCGAAGGAAUUGACACACUGUAAACUCAAAAAGUUAAGGCAACUCAAACCGUUUGAGAAAACCGAUUGCAACAAACCAUUCACAUUGAAAAACUAAUCCUGAUGAGUACUGUGAACUUAAUCCAUUUGAGUAAACAAAGCAAUUUGAGCACAGUAAACCUCAAUAAAUGAAGAGAACUCAAGCCAACUGAGUACUGUGAAACCUAAGUUAAGGCAACUCAAGCGAUUUCAAUAAACCAUUUAAGUUCAAAAACUAACCUAUAUGAGUACUGUGACCUUGCUCCAUUUAAAGUUGAAGUAAUAAACAGUAUUUAUUUACUCAUUACCUUCAACACAGAGUUUAAUACUCUUUUCAAAUGAGUAGAAUGAACUUUCAGUAAAUGUUGAGUUAACUACACUCAUUUCAUUUGAUAAAGUUCUGUUUCACAGUGUAUAAUGUAAUUUAGUACACUCAAAAAAUAAUAAUUGUUCAAACUACUUAAUUAAUAUGAGCCAAAACAACACGAUUCUUGAGAUAUUUUUGGGACAACUUAAUUGUUUGAUGUUUCAUCCACUUAAAUUUGUCAAAACCAAUUAACUUAUGUGACUUGUGUUGGGGCGACAUGGAUGAACACUGAGGAAGCCUGCAUUUCUACAAAGUAGCUCAGUUUACUUUACCGCUGAUCAGUUUAUCACAGUAGACAUCUUUUCUUUACUCUUGAUUUUCCAACAAGUCAGCAUUUUCACACUUCCCUUUAUCAUGCAUAUCUGACCUAUGCGGAUAAAUCAAUAAAAAAAGGAAGCAAGUUGGCGGAAACAUGAAGUGGUGAUGCUACACAAACAUAUGAUCUUGAGACAGACGUUUAUGUUAUGGAGAAGUUGAAAUGCAUUACUCGAAAUGAAAGUUUAAUUUGUACUAUUUUCGUCCCCUUAUUUCACCCAUGUCAGUUUCUGUGUUGUGCUUCAGUCAUGUCCAGCUGCGUUUUAACCAUUAAGUGCACCUCAGAGUAGAAAAACGUAUUCAAACAAGCAAUGCACUGUGUGUUUUAUACCAGACAUGUUACAUUAUGUCCAACAUCAAUCAGCCGUGUAGCAUUUCUCAUUGCAGUAUGUACAUACAAUGUUUUUCCUCAUAUGAUUGUGUACAAGUUGAAAACUAUUUAAUAAACCGCGUCAGUACCACAA